UAUUGCUACCAAGCACACACAUAAAUAGUUGCAAGCUUAGAAUCAAGCUGUUACUUCCCUGAAGAAAUGGCUGAAGCUCCUCUUAAAAUCUGGCAGCACGCGAUUCCCUUCUCCGUCAACCUCCGCCAUUCUCAGCCGCACCCUGUCCAAGUCCACCAGCCCAAGCCCAAGACCCGAAACAGCCCAAUAGAAGAGUAGAAGACAAGAGAGAAUUAUAUUAUGAUCUGGAUCUUAGAAAUAGAGAGAAUCCCAUUCCCCAUUGCCACUAUCACUCCCUCAUUCUCGUUGCUACUGCUUUCAUUCACCCAUUACUGUAGCUUCAGGACUCAGGAGAGGCGUUUGGAAUGAUAAAGACUGGUGUGUUGCCGAUCAAGGCAGUGAAGUUUCCCACUACAAAGUUUGAAGGGUCUAACCAGUUACAAUACAAAGAAAGAAAGAUGGAGCUCAAUAUAACACGCCCUGAUGAUUGGCAUCUUCACCUUCGUGACGGUGAACUUCUUGAAGCUGUCGUCCCCCACAGUGCAACUCAUUUUGGACGGGGAAUAGUGAUGCCAAAUCUAAAGCCCCCUGUCACCACCACUGCUGCAGCUGUGGCUUACCGAGAAUCUAUCUUAAAAGCACUGCCUUCUGGUAGUGGCUUCACUCCUCUUAUGACACUUUAUUUGACAGAUACCACUAGUCCUAAAGAGAUCAAGCUUGCAAGAAAAAGUGGGGUCGUAUUUGCUGUAAAGCUUUACCCUGCUGGUGCCACAACAAAUUCCCAAGAUGGAGUCACAGAUCUUUUUGGAAAAUGCCUACCUGUCCUUGAGGAGAUGGUUGAACAAAAUAUGCCUCUGCUGGUUCAUGGGGAGGUUACAGAUCCUGAUGUUGAUGUAUUUGAUCGUGAAAAGGUAUUCAUCGACUCUGUUUUACAACCUUUAAUCAAAAGGCUUCCACAGCUGAAGGUCGUCAUGGAGCAUAUAACUACUAUGGAUGCUGUUAAGUUUGUUCAGUCUUGCGAAGAAGGUUCUGUAGCAGCAACAGUUACUCCACAGCAUCUUCUUCUGAAUAGGAAUGCUCUAUUUCAAGGAGGAUUGCAGCCUCACAACUACUGUCUGCCUGUACUCAAAAGGGAGAUCCACAGACAGGCUCUUGUAUCAGCUGUUACUAGUGGAAGUAAAAGAUUUUUUCUUGGAACUGAUAGUGCUCCACAUGAAAAGCGAAGAAAAGAAUGUCCUUGUGGUUGUGCUGGUAUAUACAGUGCCCCUGUUGCUCUAUCAUUGUAUGCAAAGGUCUUUGAAGAGGCAGGUGCUCUUGACAAGCUAGAGGCAUUUACAAGCUUUAAUGGGCCAGACUUUUAUGGCCUUCCUCGGAAUACGUCAAAAACAAAGCUGAGCAGAACUUCAUGGAAGGUACCAGAGUGCUUCUCAUUUCCAUUUGGAGACAUCAUACCAAUGUUUGCAGGAGAAAUGCUUGAGUGGCAGUCGUCCUUCAAUUGAUUCCAAUUUCACAAUGACAGACCUUAUCAGUCAUCCUUUAACUGAUUCAUCUCUCUAGGUAGCGCCUUUUUUAAGUUUAAAUCUUUGUAAUAUUUUUAGUCCUGCAUUGCAGUAUUUGCUAACCAAUUUUCAUAUUGUUUUUAAUAAUGUGAAGUUUAAUGUAAAAUUAACGGCAUGUUUCCAACCUUUGAUGAUCCAUCUCUGGCACAAUGAAGGAAGGUUAACUUAAGCUGUUUGAAUACUUCUUGCAUGUAACUGAUUCCAAGAGUACUAUGUGAAAUUUUGCUGGCGACAUAACUCUUGUGCCAGGAGCCUUGGAGUGUAUGGGACAUGCCACAUACAUUUACAAUUGUGAGCUUUCAAUUCACUGAAUUUCUUUCUCCA